AUGAGUCAGCAGCAUGGACAGACUCGCGUCUUCAGAGCUGAGCUUCUCCGGAGACAGAAAGAACUGACUGCAGAGGCUCAGGGACUGCGAGCUGUCUGUACUGACGCCGCGCUCCGUGCGUGGCCCGGAGGACCUGGGCGCCCUGGAUCACAUGGUCAGGAUGACCACGAGCCUCUAACAGCCCUGUCGUGGCCCUCACGUACCAGACCGUGUGCCCCUAGAGCUCCCUGUGCAUGGGGAAGAGGCGGCUGGCGGUGCAGGAAAUCCUGGCGGCUCAGGAAAUUGUGGCGGCGCGCCUCGGGGUGGGGAGGUAGGCGCAGGAGGCGGACGAAGCGGAGGGCGCAGAGCAGCACAAGUGGUCCUGCACAGCCGCCGCAGGCUCCCGGGAGGACUCCCCAAGAGCAGGCCUCCCACCUGCCCUGCUGCUGGUAUCCUGGGGCUCCGCCUACCCCGCCCAGCGGAACGCCAACCUUCUGCCCCUUCAGCGCCUGCGGCGGAGCAGCUUGCAGGCGGGCAUGGUGGUGCCCCGGGUCCGCCUCAGCAAGGCGCCGGCGCCCACCUUCCAGCCCGCGAGGCCAGCGCAGAAGGGCAGCACCAAGGACAAUGGCCACCUGCGGAUACCCAAGUUCCCCUACAAGGUGGCCAAGGAGGAGAAACCGGAAGCUGAGGAGGCAUAGAAUAAGCACCAGGCCAAGGUGCAGGAGAAGCUCCCGCCGCCCUGGAAGAAGAGGACGUGAGAGUCUGCGGGUGCUUGACACGGGGUUCGAGGACAGGGCCUGGGGUCUGGCCUUACCCCAGGAGAUUCUGUUUCACCCACAACAGACUCGCUCCACACCGGAGACCUGGUCACUGCUGACAGCAGGGAGAGAAGCAGGCAGAGGGGCCCAGCACGGCCCUCCUGCAUUCAGAAAUCGUAUUUUCCAACGAACAUCACGAACUCCAUUUCCUGAUCCCAGGAGGAAGCUCGGGUCUCAGGAGUGGUCAAUGCUGAGAUGACAAAGCUAUUGAAAUUCUGAUCUCCAUAGUUUUGAGGUCUCUAGUGUUGCCAGGAGACUGUCAGGAGAGAGCUUGAAAAGAAAGAGGCACAUGAUGUUUCACACUGCUUUUCCCAAGUGCAGCCAAGGGACAGCCUCUGCACACUGAGGUAAUUCUAGAUGAUUGGCUCCAUGCUCCUCCCUCCUCCUUUCUAGUGAGUUUAGUGCUGGCUGACUGUAGAACACUUUAUUCACAGAAGCUAGUAGAAAAAAUUGUCACUCUUAAUUCACAUGCUCUAACGUCAGACCGGGAGUGACUGGUUCUGGAGGGAAGUGCUAGGACUGCCUCAUUUGUGUUCUCAUCAGCUGCCUCAGUGUACAUGGAGGUGGAUUUCACUGGUGUUGAUACAUGCUUUCAAAUCCACAAGAGGCUCUCCGAGGGACAGAAGUGACUUCACACCCACCGUAAAGCCAUUUCUGUUGCCAGAGUCCCCAAUCUCCAAUCACCAAAAAAUUCUCCACCAAGGGGCGAGCUCCAGCCAUCUCACUUGUAAUCAGUAGCAUUGACAUUGUCUGAGAAAUAUUUAUUCUGUCCACUUUAAGCUUAAUUUUCACAAACAUUAAAAAGUAGUAAAAUAGGCUUUAGAUUUUCCUCUAUUUAUAUAGAAAUCCCUGAGAAGGUAGCUGUCAACUUGAAAUUCACUCUCUACAGUUAAUUAACAUCAGGGUGCAGGGAGGGACCCUGAGCCCCAUCCCUGUGCACAGCAGGGGCUGGGCUGUCAUUGCAGGAGAGCAAACCUGGUCUCCCUUCUGAGCAAAGAGGAGGGGGUGGGAGGGGCACGGCGGUGGAGGAAUUCUUAGCCAUCAGCACAGAUGCUGGCAGGCCUGCUGUUCACUCACUCUGGGGGCCUGGAGGUCCCACCAUGAAAACACCACAUUGCCUCACAGAGGCCUCUGCUUUUCUGUCCUUGGUAGACCUCAGGGUAGGUGGUGCCAGGGAUCAUAAAGAACUUAACUAACUGGGAGAAGAAAACAGGCAAAGGAAGGAAGUGUGAAUGCGGAAGAAGAGAUGAGGCAAUAGGGGUGGGAGAACGUGGUGAUAAAGCCAGGG